ACACACACACACACACACACACACACACACACACACACACAUUGUUUUUCAUCUGAUCCGUUAGCCAUGCUAACCCAGGAACUGACCUUGAGCUCCUUCACAUCUAUUGUUCCACUGCCAUCUGUGUCAAACAGAUCAAAAGCCUCUUUAACUUCCUGCUUCUGCUCCUCAGUCAGAUCUUUUUGGGGACCUGCCUUUUUCCUUUGGCCAGCCGAAGAAGCUGGUUUCCGGUAACCUGUAGCCUGAAAAAAACAACAAAAAACCGACAUUAGGAUGUGGUUGCUGGUUCACAUCUACUCAGUUAGCUGUUACUAGCAUGCUAGCUAACUUUAGCUUCUACGCUGCAGCACGAGACCCAACAGAAACGCGUCUUAAACUAUUUUCACGGUAAAUCUCAAAAUUCCCCAAAAUGUUAAUACAGCGUAAGAUUCAUAAACUACGUUUAAAUGCCGGUACAUACCAUUUAAAUGAAUGAUUCAGCCCGGGAAAGCUGCAGUUGUGUCUCGGAUCGGAUGUCAACAAAACUUGCAGUAACGGUUGUAUUAUUUUCUUUUCUUCUGUUGAUUGACAUGAGAGAUAGCCAAUACAGACCCCGGAAGCACCGUGACGCAAACAUAGUAGCCAAUCGCAAAAAAGCAAUGGGCGGGCUAUAACCGUGUGCGCCAAUGGUUGAGAUCGUUUCUUGUCGCCCCAGCAACCAGGAAACAGCGCAUGCGCAGUGUUUAAUCGCUCAUGCUGAGGCAGCUGGGCAGUGGGCAUCGAUAACUAUACUAUAAUACAUAAUGAAAUAAGUCCAGGCACCUCAAGUAAUGCUGGCGAGUACAGUUAUCAACCACAGGCAACAUGUUGGCCUGCAGAAGCUCUCAGCACUGGCAGGAAUCACACAUUCCUCUUUGGGCCCCAACAAAAAGUACAAGUUCAUCCAAGAUGAAACGAGCGGGGAGUCGGCUCUCGCGUGCUCCUGUUUUCGCAUCCUGGAGAACCUGGAGCUGACCUGUGGGGUGGGUCAGCUGGUUUACGAGACUGUUCAAGCCCACCAGAAGGCCUAUCAUACGGGGUCGGGAUGCCUGCUGUUCCUCGCGGGAGCGUGGAGCCGUGCUGCUCUGGAGUGCCUUCAGAGACGAGUUCCAGUGGCACGCAUCAUCUCGGCUAUGUCUGAAGGAAUGGAUGUCUGCUUGGACGUUUGCAGGAAAUGCAGCGUGUCAACCGAGGGUCUUGGUGUGGCGCAAUCAGAAAGCCGCACUGCGACAUCUCAGGGUUUAGGACCUCACCUGUCAAAGACACCCACUGUGGAGGCUUCACGAGCAUCUGACAAGACUCUAACUGCCAGUGGACAAAGGAAGAUAAAGCUCAGCAGACAUUUUUAUGAGACCAAGUCUGAAAACGUCCCGCAACCUCCUCUGCCCAAGCUUCCUGACAUUGCACACAUCUCUGUGGGGUUGAGUCACGGUUGUGUCGGUGCGAUGACUUUAGUUGUCGAAGCCAGCCGAAUACAAUCAAGAAAUAACCCACAAGAUGUCAGCUGUUCUACGUUCGAUGUUACUAAAGUGGUGACUUGUGUGCUACCCGGUUUACCAGAGGAGCACGCGUGUGUUCUGCAGGGCUGCAUUGUUCUUGUAUCUCAUGAACAGGCUUCAGUUGCACAUCACUUAAAAGAACAGCACUUGAAGGUUGCUCUGAUUAAUGGAGAUCUAUCAGAUACCUAUCGCCAUCUUGGCUUUAAAAGGCUAAAGGGUGUGCAGUGUGUGAGUGACCGGUCGCACUUUUCAAGUUCAACCAAAGAGGAAGAGUGGAUGGAAAAGACUGUGACUCUUCUGUUGAACCUAGAGGUGAACCUGAUCGUCGUCAGUGGGCUCGCUAGUGAGAAAGUGAUUCAGCGCUGUUGUACACAUCACAUACUUGUGGUGGAAAAAGCAAAGGCUUCCGUUUUGAAGGUGCUGGCUCAGGCGACGGGAGCCGUUCCGGUGACUUACACCACACAGUUGAGUACGCACUGUGUUGGCGCUGGUGUGAAGGUUGCAAUCUGGAGGAACCUCAGCAGCCACAAGAGGAAGCCCUCAACAACUGUGAACAUUUCCACCGUAGAGAGCAGCGGGUUGGUCACCGUGAUCCUCACGAGCUGUGUGCACGGCAAGCUGCAGGCCCUGGAGGACCAGUUUUGGGCGUGUGCUUAUCGUUUGCACCACACGCUGAAAGACAAAGUCCUCCUGCCCGGUGCCGGAGUGACAGAGAUACUUUGUGUUCAUCACCUUCACAAGCAAGCGGAGCAAAAGCAUCACACUGUCCAACAGACCAGAGCAGGGACAGCACAUAACCCGUACAGGGGGUUAGUGUUGCACCUCAUGGCAGAUGGUUUCAUAGAUUACAUAUCCACUGUAAUGGUUAACACUGGGAAGGUUUCAAAAGUCAGAGCCAGGACUGCAGUGAGCCAACAACUGCAGGACUGUACACAAAGUCAAGGCAUUGCUGCAACAUUCUCACAGCUGUUCUUGGCAGACGAACAAGAGGACGGUGCAGCAGCAGCACAGGUCUAUGAUAAUGUGAGUGUGAAGCAGGAAGCAUGGAGGAAAGCCUUAGACCUGGUUCUCCUGGUCCUACAGACGGAUGCAGAGGUCAUCACAGGCACCUACCCAAAAAGUGAUGGUCCACAGGAAGAUGUGAUGCUGUUGUGACCGUCAU